GCCCAUAGGACAUGGCUGUGGCCGCAUCCAGGGAUGGAGACAAGCAAGGCAGGAAUGCAGACACAGGUGUGCAUGCCAGGACCUGUGUCUGAGCCGGCCUCCAAGUCACCCUGGGUCUGCUCUGGGUCCCGGGCACUUGCUGCCAGGGGCAGGAGCUGCUCUCCGUGGGGUCCGCACUCUCCUUCCCAGACAUUUGGUCCAAAGCCAGCUUUGACCCUCCCCUAAUCCCUUCCCCUUGUGUCUCUUUCAUCUCCAGUCGGACCAGGAGAGUGGUAAUAGAGCUUCUUGCUAAGUUAAGUGUAGAGGCUGCUGCUCCGAGGCUGGUUUGGGCCGGGCCGUGGGCUGCGCUCCCCCAGCCAGCGCAGCAUGGUGCCCCCGGGGAAAAAGCCUGCAGGGGAGACUUCCAAUUCCAAUAAAAAGUGCAAAAGGUAUUUCAAUGAGCACUGGAAGGAGGAGUUCACCUGGCUGGAGUUUGACUAUGAGAGGAAGCUGAUGUUCUGCGCCGAGUGCCGGCAGGCGCUGGUGAGGAACAAGCACGGCAAGGCUGAGAACGCCUUCACCGUGGGCACCGACAACUUCCAGCGCCAUGCCCUGCUGCGCCACGUCACCUCCGGCGCGCACCGGCAGGCGCUGGCCGUGAACUGGGAGCAGCUGGCGUUGGAGAGCCGUGCCCAGGGGCACCACCCGGAGCUGCGCUCGGUCAUCAAGGUGGAGGUGAACCCGGCGAAGGUGGCCGCGCUCACCACUGCCUACUGGAUGGCGAAGGAGGAGAUCCCGGAGGAGAAGUUCUCCUCCUUGCUCGACUUGCAGAAGUUCAACCUGUGCCAGGCGCUGCUGGCCCCCGAGCACAGCGACCUCCACCAGCCUGGCAGCGUCGGGGAGAUGCAGGCAGCCAUUGCCAAGGUGCUGCACGGCGAGGACAGGCACAGGAUCAAGGCCUCGCCGUUUGUGGGGCUGGUGGUGGAGGAGACUGUGGACGUCCUGCAGCGCCGCAGCCUCGCCCUGUUCACCACCACCGUCUGCCCCUGCAGCGGGCAGACCAGCGCCGCCUUCCUGGGCAGCUUCGAGCUGCCAGCCGGGGAGGCCUCCACGGUGGCAGGCAAGAUGGGGGAGGUGGUGCAGUCCUUUGGCAUCCCCACCGUGAAGAUCACCUGGCUGAGCGCCAACAGCGCCUCGCUGCUGGCCGAGUGGCCGAGCCCGGCGGGCACCGUGCUGGGCACCCUCUGCCCGCUGCUGACCGAGCUGCACUGCCUGACCCAGGGCAGCUCCCUGCUGCCUGCCCAGGGCGUCGCCAGCAUUGAGUACCUCCAGCAGUACGAGAGCACCCUGGAUGCUGUGUACAGGCUCUGCUCCGGCUUCAGGGGGGAAAGCAGUGGCCUGCAGGAGCUGCGGAGCGUCCUGGACCUCUGUGAGAUAGACCUUGGGAGCCCCAAAGCCAUCCACUGGACUGCUGUCUUCCCAGCUGUGGAAGCCAUCGACGACUCCUGGCCCAUGCUGGUGCUGCUGCUGGAGAGCGAGGCAGAGAGGUCACCCAUGGCUCACAGCCUCUGUGAAGAGCUCAAGAAGUUCCAGUUUGUGGCCUUCACCAAGAUCCUCCUGGAUGUCCUCCCCAUCCUCCAGAAACUCAGCUGCUUCUUCCAGAUGGAGGACGCUGACCUCUCCCUCCUGAAGCCAAUCGUCUCCACCGCGGCCACCACCCUGCAGGCCCAGAGGAGCACCAGCGGCCAGAACCUGCAGGAGUUCCUCAGUGAGCUGAAGGAGCAUCCACAGGGUGGCCAGCAGGGCGAGGGCCACCUCUGCUACAAGGGCGUGGAGCUGGCCAACUGCUCCAAGGUGCACCUGAAGCACUUUGAGCACCUGAAGGAGAGCUACCUGGAAAGCCUGCGGGGCAGCCUGCUGGACAGGUUCCCCAGCAGCGUCCUGGAGGCCAUCAGCUCCUUCUCGGCCAUCUUCAACCCCAAGUGCUACCCCCGGUCUCUGGAGGACGUCGGCAGCUAUGGGGUGGGCGAGCUGAGCUUCCUGCUGCAGGCUUACUCGCGGGUGGUGCUGAGCGAGAGGGCCCUCAGCGACUUCCCCCUCUUCAAGCGCAUCGUCUUCAGCCUGCGGCAGCUCUCCUUCCGGGAGCUCUGCGGCAAGCUGGUCUGCAGCAGCUCCGAGCUGCAUGAGCUCUUCCCGGACUUCGCCGCGCUGGCUGCCAUCGCCCUGGCGCUGCCGCUGGGCUCGGCGCUGUCCCAGAAGCUCAGCCGGGGCCGGGAGCUGCUGGGGCGCGGCCGGGCGCGGCACACAGGGCACCAGAAGCUCUCCGACCUGGUGAAGAUCGCCCUGGACGGGCCGGCCCUCGGCGACUUCGACUUUGCCUUGGCCACCGAGUACUACGAGAGCAGGAGGGGGUCUGGCGUCAUCGUGGCGCAGGUGAAGUGAACGGUGCCUGCCGACGGCAGAGCCCUGCUGGCAGGGAGCCAGCUCCUGUGGGCAGCCACAGGUGCCAGCUUGAUGCCCAUCGCUGCUCUUUCCCCGUCACUGGUCGCCACCCGGACUGGCAGGCUGCUGGUGGAAGGUGACCUGCUCCGUGCUGAGAAGAGGCUCCAGGAUCCUUCCCGAAGCCAGGCUGGUCCCAUGACCUCCCCUCCCUCACCCCCAGGCGUCCAUCAAACCCUGGGGCCGCCUGAAGGCCCAGAUCGUGCUGAGAAGCUUCCCAGGGGGUUGCUGCUCCCCUGCCCCGGGGAGCUGAAGGCAAAUCCCCUCCCAUGCUGCGCUGCCUUCGCCCAGCAGCUUCAUGCCAGCCUCCGCAGCAGUGUCUGAUGUGUGUUGCUUUGGAGCCUGCAGAAGGAAUGCAGCAGAGGCAGUGCCACGCUUCCAGCCCCAUGCACACCCCGGGUGCCCGCUGGGGCCGUGCCCAGCAUGGCAUCAGGUCGGAGACGUUUCAAGAGCCAGAGGUUUAGGGGAGGAUGCUGCAGGCGCCGAGGCCAGCGGCGCUGGCGGGCAGCAGCGUGCAGCAGUGGCUGCAUUUGUACAGAUCUAGAGAAACAGAUCUACUGCAAAGCUCUGCUCUCCUCUGCUGCUGCCUGAAGUGGAGAGAGAUCUAAAAGGACUUUGUUUUGCUGGUUUGUUGCUUUC